GAAAAAACUUAUAGUGUAUGAUAUAUAUUAUAAAUAUAUAAUAUUUAUGUAUGUAUUAUAACAAUAUACAUUAUAUUAUUUCAUUUAAUAGAUAUUAUAACAAUUUUGUGUGUGUGUGUGUAUGUGUGUGUGUCAUAUAUAUAGAUGAGUUAGAAGUAAAAGAUAUUAUUUUGUCAUGGAAGAUAGUGGAAUUGAAAGUGAUCCAAAGAUAAUUACUCACAACGAAGAUGAAAAACUUUUCCUGGGAAGUGAUAGUAGUUGUAAUAGUAAUCAGACGCAAACAUCUCAACGAAGCUCUACUAAACAAUGGCAAAAGAAACUUGAAGCACGAAUUGAACAAGCAAAACGAAUUCAACUUAAUUCAGAUUAUAUAAAACUUCCAAAACAUGAGACGUCGAAAAUAAACGCAUGUAGUAAUAAUACUAAUGGAUUAAUAUCAAUAGAAAGAUUGCCUAUACCAUCUAAAAAUAAAGAAAAUCUUCCUUUAGUUGAAUAUUGGCAUAGCGGAAGUGAAAGUGAUGAUGAAACUACUCUUUUCUCAUUAUCAAAAGGAAAAGAGUCUGUGAAACACAAACGAGAUCUUACUGAUACAUUCAGUAUUGAGGAUUUGAGCGAAGAAAGUGAAGAUUCUUUGAAUUUAGAUCCAACACAACCAUCUCAUGCUUUUACGUGGACUUAUGUACCUUCUGGAUGUUUUGCUUGCCAUUGUCAAAUAUUAUAAUGUAAAAUGAGUCAUAUUUAGUGAAAACCAUACAAAAUUAUUAAUAUCGAUAUUUAAAUGAUCUAUGAUAUAUGGUAUUUGAUGGAUAAUUAGUAUGCAUUAUAUAUUUUCAAAUACUUUUUAAGAAAGUAACAAAGUUCAUAUAUUUUUAUGUGCUUCUAUAGUAAAAGAUGCUAGUAUUAAUAAAAUAUAUAUACACUCUUUUUGUGUCUUAAUAACAUGUACACUUUAUUUUAAGUUACACAGUUAAAAUAAAAUGAACUAUAUAUAAAAUAAGACAGCAUCAAGACACUGCACACUUUUAACAAUAACUCACACAUUACCUUUCUACAUUUUCAUAAUGAAAUCAUUAUUAUACUCUUAUUAAAAAUUUAUUAAAUUAUAAAAAUUAAAAAUAUUUAUUUGACAUUUAUAAUACAUAAUAUUUACAAUAAUGUUAAUCAUAGAUGAUCUAAUGUUUAAGAUACCUCUCAGUCUUAUUUUUUAUACAGUAGGAUCAUUUUCAAUUUCUU